AUGCCGUUGGUGAAGAGGAACAUCGAGCCCAGGCACCUGUGCCGGGGGGCGCUGCCAGACGGAGUGACCAGCGAGCUGGAGUGCGUCACCAACAGCACGCUGGCCGCCAUCAUCAAACAGCUGGGCAGCCUGAGUCGCCAUGCAGAGGACAUCUUCGGGGAACUGUUUAAUGAGGCCAACAGCUUCUACCUGAGGAUGAGCAGCCUCCAGGAGCGAGUGGACCAGCUGGCUGUGAAGGUCACGCAGCUCGACUCCACCGUGGAGGAAGUGUCUCUGCAGGACAUCAACAUGAGGAAGGCCUUCAAGAGCAGUACCAUCCAGGACCAGCAGGUGGUGUCCAGGACCUCGGUGCCCAACCCGGUGGUGGAGAUCUACCACCGCUGUGACAAACCUCCACCGCUGAACAUCCUCAGCUCCUACAGAGAUGACAAGAAGGACGCACUGAAGUUCUACACCGACCCGUCCUACUUCUUCAUCCUGUGGAAGGAGAAGAUGCUGCAGGCCACGGAGGACAAGCGCAAGGAGAAGCGACGGCAGAAGGGCUGCCCGGCCCACCCCGACAGGCCCCACUCCAGACAGGCCCCACCCAGGAGCCCCCUGUCCAUCUCUGAGCAGCAGAAGCAGGUGGAGGAUCCGGGUCGAGAGGUCAAGAAGGUGCGUAAGGCUCGUAACCGACGCCAGGAGUGGAACGUGCUGGCCUACGACAAAGAGUUCCGACCCGACGCCCGGCUCACGCCCUCGCCGUACCACGGCAUGUCGUCUGAGGGGUCCCUGUCCCCCGACAGCAGAUCGAUGGCGUCCGACUCCUACCCAGCGAGUCCCAGCCACCCCCCCACCCUGGCCCCCGGCGCCGCCCACCCCAUCGACCACCACGCCCGGGACCACCUCAGCGCCGCGGCCCAGACCCAGUCCCUGGACCGGGGCCUGAGGCCGGCCACCCAGCCCCCGGGGGCCGGGGGGGCCGCGGCGGCGGGACGGCACGCCGCCUCCCUGGGCCGGACCCCCUCCGGACACGGGGUCCCGGCCGGCGGCGACCCGACGGUCAACGGGCCGCGGCAGCAGUCGGUGAAGGACUACCGAGCUGCUCAAGGGGCGCAGCCCUCCACCAUCCCAGAGUACUACAUCCCACCGGCCCCUCCCCCGCCACCCCCCACCAUCCCCUCCGCCCAGACGGCCUUCGACUCCACCGCGGCUCCGCCCGGCGCCGCCGCCGCCUCCGCCGUCCCCCCCACCUCCGCCGCCCUCUCCCGCCCUUACUCCCCCUCCCCUCCUCCUCCCCCGGCCAACUACGUGCCGUCUCCCUCCCACCCUCCGUCAGGCGCACCCCCCGCCGCCCCUCCGCCUCCGCCGCCAGGGAACCUCCUCUUCCACCAGGCCCACCCGUCCCCGGUGGGAAAGUGCGCCCUGGACGCGGCGGCGCUGGCGAGGAAGGCGGCGCUGCCGGGGAUGGUCCCGAUGAGCGACGCCCGCUCCGACCUGCUGGCCGCCAUCCGCAGAGGUAUCCAGCUGAGGAAGGUGCAGGAGCAGCGGGAGCAGGAGGCGAAGCGAGAACCCGUGGGUAACGACGUGGCGACCAUCUUGUCCCGCCGCAUCGCGGUGGAGUACAGCGAGUCCGACGACGACUCCGAUCCCGACGAGAACGAGUGGUCCGACUAA